GCAAAAGUGAAACUGUGAGAGACGGUUACGCUCCAUUUUGCAUCCACAGAGCAAAGAGGGAAACUGAAGGCUGGAGUUGACUGACUUCAGAUCAAAGCAUGGAUGAUUGUUUGGAGGGGCAGGCAGACAGAGCAGAGUCUCCCAGCAGUGGACGUGCAAGGAGUGUCAUGUCCUCUGAUCCUGAAGAGCAUGAAAAUGAACCUGGAGUAUUAGUGAAAAACCAGGGAAAUAGCGGCCCUGUUUGUGUGGAGAGCCUGGGACCCCGCUGUGAUGUGUGUAAGGACUUCCUGAAUGAUCCAGUCUCUACCAGCUGUGGACACUGGCUCUGCAGACAGUGCCUCACUUCAUACUGGGACCAGUGUGGUUCAUCUGACGAAUUCUCCUGUCCCCUGUGUGGAAAAAGAACCAGAACAGAACUUGAGCCUCAGACAGUCUGGCAGACCAGUACCAUGCAAAGUAAGACUGCACCAUUGAGAGGUGUUCCACAGGAGGUCUUGGAUGAACACAGGCUCAGUCUGAGGAGGAGAUGUGAACGUGUGACUGAGGGAACUGGAGCAGCAGGAAGUAUAACCCUCCUCAACAAGAUCUACACCAAGCUCUAUAUCACAGAGGGACAGUGUGAAGAGGUGAACACUCAACAUGAGAUGAGACAGCUGGAGAUAGUUUCCAAGAUGGAGACCCGCCAUGACACAACAAUCGAGUGCCAUGACAUCUUAGAAGCCUUACCUGAGCAACAGAAACCCAUCAGAGUGGUCCUGACAAACGGUGUUGCUGGUGUUGGAAAAACCUUCUCAGUGCAGAAGUUCACUCUGGACUGGGCAGAGGGCUUGAAGAACCAAGACGUCAGUCUGCUGAUUCUUCUUUCAUUCAGGGAGCUGAAUUUGAUCAGAGAUAAGCGGUACAGUCUUCUCAAGGUGAUCCAUGUUUUCCAUCCAACAUUAGAGAAGGUCCCAGCAGAGAUGCUGGCUGUCUGUAAACUUCUGUUCAUCUUUGACGGCCUGGACGAAUGCAGACUGCCUCUGGAUUUUCGCAAAACUCAGGUUGUGUCUGAUGUCACACAGGAGUCAUCAGUCAACAUCCUGUUCAUGAAUCUCAUCAAAGGGAAUCUGCUUCCCUUAGCUCGCAUCUGGAUAACUUCUCGACCUGCAGCAGCCAAUCAGAUCCCUUCUUCGUGUGUUGACAGGGUAACAGAAGUCCGAGGCUUCUCUGACGCCCAGAAGGAGGAGUACUUCAGGAAGAGGUUCAGUGAUGAAGAUCUGUCCAACAGAAUCAUCUCACACAUCAAGACAUCCAGGAGCCUCCACAUCAUGUGUCAGAUCCCAGUCUUCUGCUGGAUCACUGCGAAAGUUCUAAAGGACAUGUUUACCAGAGAGCAGAGAGGAGAGCUUCCCAAGACCCUGACUGACCUGUACUCAAACUUCCUGCUGGUUCAGAUCAAGACGAAGAAGCAGAAGUAUGAUGAGGGACAGCAGAUGAGUCCUGAGGAGCUGAUGAAGGCUGACAGGGAAGUUCUUCUGAAGCUAGGGAAGCUGGCAUUUGAAAAUCUGGACAAAGGAAACAUCAUCUUCUACGAGGAGGAUUUGAAGCGCUGCGGUCUGGGUGUCACAGAUGCCAUGGUAUACUCAGGAGUUUGUACGGAGAUCUUUAAAACAGAGCGUGUGAUCUUGCAGGAAACAGUCUACUGCUUUGUUCAUCUGAGCGUUCAAGAGUUUCUGGCUGCUGUGUACAUGUUCCACUGUUACACGGCUAAGAACAAAAAAGAACUAAAGGCUUUUCUGCUUUCAAAAAAAAUGGAUUUGAGCCUUGAUUUCCUCCUACAAGCAGCAAUGCAGAAAUCCUUGAGAAGUAAAAAUGGCCACCUGGAUCUGUUUGUUCGCUUCCUUCACGGACUGUCUCUCGAGUCAAACCAGAGACUCCUAAAAGGCUUACUGGGUCAGGCAGACAACAGACCUGAAACAAUCCAAAAAGUCAUUGAGAACCUGAAGAAGAUGAACAGCAAAACAUCUCCUGACAGAAACGUCAACAUCUUCCACUGCCUGAUGGAGGUGAACGAUCUCUCAGUACAUCAGGAGAUCAAAGAGUUCCUGAAGUCAGGCAACAGAUCAGAUUAUCAGCUCUCUGAGAUCCACUGCUCUGCUCUGGCUUACAUGCUGCAGAUGUCAGAGGAGGUUCUGGAUGAGUUAAAUUUGGAGAAUUACAACACAUCAGAGGAGGGACGAUGGAGGCUGAUUCCAGCUGUGAGGAACUGCAGAAAGGCUUUACUUUCCAGAAGUGGACUCUCACAGGCUCACUAUGAAGUUGUUGCCUCAGCUCUGAAGUCCAACCCCUCCCAUCUGAGAGAGCUGGACCUAAGCUCCAACAAGCUGUUGGAUUCAGGUGUUAAGCUGCUGUGUGCCGGACUUGAGAAUCCAAACUGCAAACUGGAAACUCUGAGAUUAAGCGGCUGCAGUUUGUUAGGGACCAGCUGUGAUCUUCUGGCCUCAGCUCUGAAGUCCAACCCCUCCCAUCUCAGAGAGCUGGACUUGAGUGGCAACGAAGUGCAGGAUUCAGGAGUGGAGCUCCUGUGUGAUUAUCUGCAGAGUCCUGCCAGUGUACUGAAGACUCUGAGACUGAGUGACUGCAGUUUGUCCGGAACCAGCUGUGCUUAUCUGGUCAUUGCUUGGAAGUCCAACCCUGACCACCUGAGAGAGCUAGACCUGAGUGGAAACUAUAAGUUGCAGGAUACAGGAGUGGAACAGCUGUGUGAUUAUCUGCAUAGUCCAGACUGCAGACUUGAGACUCUGAGAUUAAGUGGCUGCAAUCUGUCAGAGGUCAGCUGUGCUUCUCUCGCCCCAGAUCCAAAAGCCAAACCCUUAUAUCUAAGAGAGCUGAACCUGAGCUCUAACAAGCUGCAGGACUCAGGAGUGGAGCUUCUGUGUCGUUAUCUGCAAAGCUGCAUACUGGAGACUCUGAGAUUGAGUCGCUGCCUUGUGUCAGAGGCCGGCUGUGCUUCUCUGGCCAUAGCUCUAAAGUCCAACCCAUUUCUCCUGAAAGAGCUGGACCUGAGUGGAAACUUCAAGUUGCAGGAUGCAGGACUUGAGUUGCUGUGUGGUUAUCUGCAGAGUCCAGACUGCAGACUGGAGACUCUAAAAUUGAGCUGGUGCAGUUUGUCAGAGGUCAGCAGUGCUUCUUUGGCCACUGCUCUGAAAUCAAACCCUUCCCAUCUGAGAGAGCUGGACCUGAGUGGAAACUAUCAGUUGCAGGAUUCGGGAGUGGAGCUGCUGAGUGAUUAUCUGCAAAAUUCAGACUACAGACUGGAGACUCUGAGAAUGACUGACUACAGAUUUUCAGAGGCCAACUGUGCUUCUCUGGCCUCUUUUCUGAAAUCCAACCCCUCCCAUAUGAGAGAACUGGACCUGAGCAAAAACUUGCAGGACUCAGGAGUGGAGCUGCUGUGUGAUUAUCUGCAGAGUCCAAACUGCAGGCUGGAGACUCUAGGAUUGAGAAGCUGCAGAUUAUCAGCCGUCAGCUGUGCUUCUGUGGCCUCAGCUCUAAAAGCCAACCCCUCCCAUCUGAGAGAGCUGGACAUGGGCUCCAACAAGCUACAGGAUUCAGGAAUGGAGCUGCUGUGUGAAUAUCUGAAGAGUCCAAACUGCAAACUAGAGACUCUAAGAUUGAUAGAAUGCAGUUUUUCAGAGAUCAGCUGUGCUUCUCUGGCCUCAGCGCUGAAUGCCAAACCCUCCCAUCUGAGAGAGCUGGAGCUAAGAGGAAAUGAGCUGCUUGAUUCAGGAGUGGAGAAACUGUGUGAUUUUCUGCAGAGUCAAAACUGCAGACUGGAAAUCAUGGGAUUGAGUUGGUGCACUUUGUCAAAGCACAGCUGUGCUGCACUGGCCUCAGCUCUGAAGUCCCACCCUUCCCAUCUGAAAGAGCUGGACCUUUCUUCCAAUGAGAUUGAGGAUUCAGGAGUUGCGCUGCUGUGUGAUCUUCUACAAAGUUCAAACUGCAGGCUGGAGACUCUGCGCUUGGUAGACUGCAAUUUGUUUGAGGGCAGCUUUGCUUCUCUGGCCUCAGCUCUGAAAUCCAACCCCUCCCAUCUGAGAGAGCUGGACCUGAGAAGAAACUACCAGCAGACUUCACCAGAUUUGGAGCUGCUUCGUAAUUGUGUUGAAAGUCUAAACUUCCGACUUGAGACUCUGAGGACUAAUGAAGAGAAUAUCAGCGCUGAUGAACACUUAAAAUCUCUUAAGUCCGCACACUUCCUCUCUCCAUCGGCUAACUACACUGAAGAGCAGGAUGUGAAGGAAAAGGUUCAGCUGUCUGAUGAUGAUGAUGAUGAUGAUGAUGAUGAUGAUGAAAAGGCUCCAUUGACCUUCACACCUAAACAGACUGAAUCUAAAUACAGGUACAGGUGUUCCGGUAAAGGUAUGUUUCAGUGUGCUUUGACUGGACUGGUGUUUGUUAUGGCAAAAGAGGCGGAGCUUCAGUAUAGGACUGUCCAAUGGGAUGAGGACCUCCUCCAAUCAUCUGGAAAGAAAGCUGCGGGGCCGCUGUUCGACAUCAAGAGUUCAGAGGAAGCCGUGUGUCAGCUCCAGCUCCCACACUGUGAAACAAAGGAAGUGCUGCUUGUUGAUGGCCUGUUGUCUGUGGUCCACAUCACUGAUGAUGGAAUGAGCUUCUUGAAGCCGCUGAAGAUCACAGAUACUCAUGUGGUUGUGGAUGUCCCUCAUCUCUCUGUCUUUGGCUUAGUCAUUGACCUUUUUAAAAGACUUCUAAACAUUCCCAGAGAAAUAAAAGGACAAGUCCAGCUGUUCCUCCGACAUCUGGACCAAAAGCUUGAGGUGCUUGAUGUGUUUCUGCUGCAGCACAACAUUGUUCUGAAUGAGGUUGUCACCCAACAAGGAGACGCUAAGUACAUCAGGAUCUCUUCCGACUGUCUACUCAACUGUGAUCACAGUUACAGUGUCAACUGUGAGCCUGAGGAUUUCAAAAUACAACCUGAGAACGCACUAUUUUUCGGAGUGUAUGGACCAAAUUACUUCCCAACAUUUGAAGUUUUCAUCACUUCAAAAACAGAGAAACUGACUCUGAAGAUCCAGGACAAAGAUGGGAGGGAAGUCUGGAAACGUGAUGUGUAUCUCACAGGUUCAAGAAUAGAACCUCAACAGGUCCAGGCCCUUGCACAGGACAGCGACCCAGGACCAAGUCUAGUCUUGGAUAGGACACAGUUUGUACAAAGGGUACCUGAUACUGUUCUGAAACAGCUCCUGGAUAGACUUGUGUGUCCUGAGUACAGUAGCAAAAAUCAGAAUCAGAAUCAGAAGGUUGGUAUUAUUAACAACGAAGAGUAUGACACAAUCGGGACAAAAAACACGGCAGAUAAAGCACGAGAUGUGUUCGACACAGUGCAAAAGAAGGGAUCCUACGCCAGCUCAGUUCUACACAAAGCUCUCCGUGAAGUGGACCCAUACCUUUUCAAAGACCUCUUAAAGUCCAGCAAACAAACAGUGGAAUAGACGAUGAGAACAACUCGCUGUUUUAAAGAGACAUGUCUUGUAACCUUACAGUGGACUACAGCUGAUUCAAAAUGCGUGAGUUUUCACUCGAACAAAAAAGUUUCAGCCCAUCACACCUGUCCUCAGAUCCCUUCACUGGCUCCCAGUCAAAGCUAGGAUUGUUUUUAAAAUCAUUUUACUUGUGUACAAAGUUUUAAUCACUUAGUUCCUUUAUUCAUUCAAAAUAUGUUAAUCACUUACACCCCAGCAAGAACUCUCAGGUCCACAGGCAGUGGUUUUCUGACCAUCCCAGACUCCAAAGCAGGUGAGGCUGCAAUCAGGGCUUCCACACUGAGCACUUUUAAAAGCAGGCUGAAAAUAUUAAUUUUUUCAUCAGUUUAAACUUGAACUUUUGAGUUGUGUGAAUGCGUGUGUGAGUGCAACAAUAUCCAUGUGUGGGUAUUGUGAUGUGGAGAUUAUGUGUGUUCUGAAAUUUUCUAUGAAUGCAUAUAAAAUGUAUGUACAUUUUGUAUUUUAUUAACUUGAUUUUCUCUGUAAUUUUUACGUGUUGUAAUUGUGAAGCACAUUGUGUUGCCUUGUGAAUGAAAUGUGCUAUACAAACACAGUUUGACUUGACUUGA